AUGGCGCAGCAGAGUUCAAGCUCUUUGCAUGCACACCUUGGUCCCAUCCCCGUCCGGGGAACGAUCACAAGUGAGCAGCGGGAGCAGAUCAAAGCUGCCACGUCUUGCUCUGCGGCAGUCAGGGAGCGGAACCAGUGGGGCGCCCGGAUGCUGACUGUCACUGGCCCAGCCAACGGGCUGCAAGAAGCCCAUAGCAUGGCCGUGAAGUUCAUAGAGGAGAACGGUGAAGAUAAGGGUCGUGCAGAUCCUGCUGCUGCCAGUGCCAAGAAUGAAAGCAAGAAGAAGUGGCAUGGUUCCUGGCACUCCUGGUCCACUUGGGAUGCUGACAAAUGGGUUCCGAGAAGCGAACAUGAGGAGCUGCAAAACCGCCUCAAAACAGCGGAAGGGACCAUUGCUGGUUUGCAGUGGCGUAUGAGCUGCUGGGAAAGCUGGCACUACUACCAAGGGCAACCCAGCUACGGCUAUGUGUACCAGAGUGCAGAGGCUCGCCCUGCACGUGAGCCCCGCGCAGAGCCUUGCCCGGGAAAAGAUGAAAGAGAUGAAAGAGACCGCACCCGAGACCCCAGCAGGAGCUAUGACCGACGUGACACCGUGUCACCUUUGGAAGAAAGCAACAGGACCAUCCUGCCUGAAGAGACACACACAAAGGAGUCUCAUGCCAAAAAGCGCAAGAAGAAGAGGAAGGACCGCCAGCGAUGGUCUGAGGAUACGGGGCAUGGGGAUCAGCAUGAUCAGCGGCAUUGGCAGAGGAAGAAGUGUUCUUUUCCAGGAAGAAGCUGGAGGAAGGCUCGUCCUCUUCCGUGCAAAAAUGGAGGAAGGCUCGUCCUCUUCCGUGGCAAGAAGGCUUGUCCUCUUGUUUCUGAUAUGAAGAGAAAAAGGCCCAAUUUUGACACCUUUGUUCCUCCGACUGUGACUUUGAGCGUGGCGGCACGAACAUCUGGGGGAGACAGAAACCAGCUCCGUAAAGGUAUCAUCAGGCCUUUGCUGGAGGAUUCCGUGUACGGGCACAUUCUCCAAAAGUGCCCUAUCCAAUUCACCAACGGCGAGGCAUAUGAAUGGGAAUACAUAAACCCGUUUGCUCUCAUUCACCAAUAUACUUCAGCCCGACCACGUUUUGGCGAUAUGCUGCGGGGGGCUGGGUCCGUACGGAUCGCUUUUUACAUGGAUGAAACUACACCAGGCAAUGUGCUUCGCCCAGAUCAUGGUCGAUCACUGGCGUGCUUCUACUGGACAUUGAUGGAACUACCGUCCUGGUUUCGGAGCCGCCACUGUGGCUGGUUUUAUUUCGGGCUUUUUCCUCUGUCGCUGGUGGAGCACGUAGCAGGUGGCUAUUCUUUCCUGUUUGCCUUCAUGGUGAAAACAUUCUUUGGCAAAGGAUUGCUAGCAUGGGAUUUCGACAGGACAGGCAUUUGCUGCAAAUCAAGUGGUGGAGACUUCAUUUUGAAAGCGCGUUUCGGGGCCCUACUUUCAGACGAGAAAGCAAUGAAAGAGCUCUGGUGCACGAAAGGUGCUAGUUCCUACAAGCCUUGCCACCUGUGCAAGAAUGUGAUGGGCCGGGUGGACCUGCCAGACCGCGGCUACUUGGUGCACUACACUUGCACAGAUUCAAGCCGCUUUGAUUUGCAUACUGCUGACAGUUUCCGGACUAUGGCACAGAAUCUGAAGCUUGAAGCUGGCAACCUGAGCAAAAAAGACUUCGAGCGAUUGGAGCAAUCUUACGGGCUUGUUUUCGACCCUCUUGGCAUCUUGUGGUGUGAAGAUUUGGGAGGCAUUGUCAACCCUGUAUCACACACCUACUGGGACUGGAUGCAUAUAUUGAUGGCCUGUGGUGGGAUUGCUCAGUAUGAGUUCAAUCAAUAUGCUAGGCGCCUUUGCAGUGCUGGCGUGUCCUUGCGGGCCCUUGACGAUCUUGCUGCGGAGAUUGUGUGGCCAAAGGGUGCUUAUUGGUCAAAGAAAUAUUUCCAAAAGCGUGUGGUGGAUAAAGACGGUGCCCAUUUAAAGGCGUUUGCCAAUGAGCUUUUCCAGUUGACGGACAUUUGGCGCUUAAUACUCCAGCUGGUGGUGCGCCCGGCUGGCAUCCUGGAGCUGGAAACCAGAAGUUUAGAGAGCAUGAUGAAAAUCAUUGACAUUUUGUCAAUGCAGGAAGAGGCGUUGCCUCUUGUUGGUGACUUGGAAAUCGAAAUUGCCCAGCACCACGCUUGGUUUCUAGAACUUUACCCGGAUUGCAACAAGCCGAAAACACACUGGCUACGACAUGUUCCGUCCUUGUUCAGGGAGUUUGGCUGCAAUCUCAGCUGCUUCAGCCCUGAGAAGAAGCACAAGGGAGUGAAGCAGCUGGCGCUUUUGAUUUCUGCCAACGUUGAGAAAGGAGUCUUGUACCGCGCAGUUGCAGAAAAUUUCUCUUCUUUCUCCAAUGAUGAAAAUAUGCUGCGCCCUAUUUUCCUGGAACGGGCGCAGGACAUGGAAGCUGAGUGGCUGCGGGCAUUCUAUCCGGACAUGCAAGAAGCGAAUGUUUCAAAGACACUGCGUUUUGAAGGUGGACGGGUGUCAGCAUCAGAUAUGCUAUGGUUUCCGGCUACAAAGCACCUUGCUCAGGCAUCCUUCUUUUUGCAGGUUCGGCUUUUGAACUCCUCUGAGUUCUUGAUCCACGGGGACUUAUAUCAGCAGGCUCGCCUUCAAUCUUUGCAAGGCUCGCCUGCAGAGACUUGCGCCAUGAGCGCCGCUAGCGAAGUGCCUGCUACUGCCACUGCAGAAGCUCUCCCCGAAUCUGCGGCCAGUGAAGCUACCGAAGCGGCUUCUCCAGCUGAGACGGCAACAUCUUGUGCAGAAACGCCUAGUGGCGUAGUUCCUCUGGACAAGGUGGAGACCGGCCCUGGACUUCCAGCAGAAAAUUUGUGUUCCACCUGCAGGAAGCCUGUCUCUGAGGAGAAUGGUGUGGUUGUGGCACGGGCAGUGGGGAAGACAGCUACUUCUUUGCGCUGCAGGGCAUGCCACAAUUUAAAAAGUAGGAUCAACCGGGUGUUGAGCCACUAUGGCUCAUUGGCCCAGGAUUGGACGAAGGUGACUGAAAAUGAGAAGAAAGAAUUUUACAAGAAGUACAAGGAGCAGGCGGGACCGGACCUUCUGACCAGGCUCCAGGAGACAGUGACGGAAAGCAAGAAGACCAGCAGCGCCGUCUCCUUCGAGGGCACCGGCGAUUUCCUGGACGAGAUAGAUUUGGAGGAGAAGUACAAGAACAAGCCAGAUCAAUUGGCCGCUAUUAAGGCCAACACCCGGACCUACUUCUGUCCAGUUCGACAGGUGCAGCUUUUCGAGGAUGUGAAAUAUAAGCGCACGGCUGUGGAGACCGAGGAGUACGCGAAGGUGCAGAAACGCAAGAGGCAAUCAAUUCCGCUUGAACAAGGUGAACGUGAUGAGACGGCUGCAGAUUCGAGCCAGUGCAAGAAGGGCAAGAAAGAAGCAGCCAAAAGUGAGCUGCCGAAGUUGAAGGCUGGAGGCAAGAAAAAGAUUUCCAAGAAAGUGGAACUGAUGAACGCAAAGAAGCUGCAGCUGAUGGAUUGGAACUGCAAAGCGCGUGGUGACAAAGUCAAAGACUUGGUGCCUGGCUAUGUCGUGAAGGCUUCCACAAAGCUGGUGGAUGACGCUGUGGCCUUUGGGGUUGAAUGCGACAGCAUUCUUGAAAGUGGCCAUGGCGACGCAGAUGAGGUCAUCAAGAAGGCAGACUCUUUCAUGGAGCAGCUGACAGAGAUGAUGGGCCGCGUCAAGUGCCAAGUGGAUCAGGCGCAUGCUUUUGUUGCCACUGGUGCGAGCGGCCAGGAGUGA